GUAGACUUAUUAUAGAUAUUUAACCUAUCUAAUACCUUAUAAUGUUUGGAUAUGAAUGUCUUUAAUGCAGGAACUAUGAAGGGAGGGCUGAGUUUCGAGAUGCCGAAUGCUGAUAGUUCCAAGACCGAUUCCCCACAUAGGGGCUGAUUACAUUCCGACAGAGGAAGAGCGGAGAGUCUUUGCAGAGUGCAAUGAAGAAAGCUUCUGGUUCAGAUCUGUGCCAUUGGCGGCCACAAGUAUGUUGAUUACUCAAGGAUUAAUUAGUAAAGGAAUCCUGUCAAGUCAUCCAAAAUAUGGCUCUAUUCCUAAACUCAUAUUUGCAUGCAUCAUGGGGUACUUUGCUGGGAAGCUUUCUUAUGUGAAAACCUGCCAAGAAAAGUUCAAGAAUCUUGAAAACUCCCCCCUUGGAGAAGCUCUGCGGUCAGGCCAAGCAAGGCGCUCUUCCCCACCUGGGCAUUAUGCUCAAAGAUCAAAAUAUGAUUCAAAUAUGAGUGGUCAGUCCUCUUUUGUGACAUCUCCUGCAGCAGACAGCAUAGAAAAGGAGGCGCUUCCUCGUUAUGAGCCAAUUCCAUUUAGUGCUUCUAUGAAUGAAUCCACUCCCACUGGUAUUACUGACCAUAUUGCCCAAGGACCUGAUCCCAACUUUGAAGAAAGUCCCAAAAGAAAAAGUAUUACAUAUGAGGAAUUAAGGAGUAAGAACAGAGAGUCAUAUGAAGUAACUUUAACACACAAGACUGACCCCUCAGUCAGGCCUAUGCAGGAAAGAGUGCCCAAAAAAGAAGUCAAAGUAAACAAAUACGGAGAUACUUGGGAUGAGUGAGAGACUCCGUCAUUGGACCUACUGAAGGCCUUCCAUACCCAGCUUCAUCCAGGUGGUGCCCGCACCUGCAUGCUUGGACCCCGCAGCAGUCUUCAUAAACACAUUGAAAAUGAAA